GCAGUGGGGUUCGUGUGAGUGAGUGUGUUUUGCUUGUGGAAUGUGGGAGUUGUCCCCACGCGCUUUACGAACAACCGACCUGUCCAAACAGUGCGCGCGUGGCAGAGGAUGUCACACCAACCAAAACAGCGGACGUACGCUCACAGCACAGUCUUUGAUCCGUUAUUGGAGGAAAAUCCGCCGUACAGGGUUGAGUCGGGGCGGGGCGUAAUUACACGGAGUCCCAUCUAUUUAGGGUCAAGUACAACAUUUUUACAGUCCUAACCAGCGUGGGUUCAAAGUUUGUUUUGUGCCCGGAAACUGCAAAUCACCUACAGGGCGCGGAGGAAGCGCUUUCGGGAUCGACCGAUAUUUUUCGGUCGUGUUAUUUUGUCUUUCGUUAAUCCACAGACUCGCGAUUAAAUCUGCACGGGAUGGAUUGCCAAGCCGCGAUAGCCAGCGUGAUUCGUUAGCAUCUCGUCGACUAGCUCCUCCAGAGGCUCGAACGCGAGUUACGGGGCUGCGGCGCGGCUGGACGCGGAGCGAGGCGACCCUCUGCGGGCUGCGCUGCCGAGGCGGUGGGCGUGUUUUCUCGGCGUGCUAGCAUGUGAGCUGGCGCCAAGUUCUCGGCGUGAAGAAAACAAGAUUUACAAGUUACGGGCUGGAGCGAAGCGGCAAAAGUCACAUCUCUCUUGAUCGGAAAAGUUGCACGCAGGAUUACCACAUUUCAUAGGGUUAAAUCUAAACCAGCUUGAUUUCGACUGUUCCGGCUCCUGAGGGUGAUGGAGUCAGCCGUUAGUACGUCCACUCAAGUGCCAGAUGAGUUUGACCGUAAUGUCCCACGGAUCUGUGGUGUGUGUGGAGACAAAGCCACUGGCUUUCACUUUAAUGCGAUGACCUGCGAGGGCUGCAAAGGCUUCUUCAGGCGCAGUAUGAAGCGGAAGGCCAGUUUUACCUGUCCUUUUAAUGGAAGCUGUACCAUCACUAAAGAUAACCGUCGCCACUGCCAGGCCUGCAGACUCAAGCGUUGCCUGGAUAUUGGCAUGAUGAAAGAGUUUAUACUGACAGAUGAGGAAGUUCAGAGGAAAAAGGAGCUGAUCCAAAGGAGAAAGGAUGAGGAGGCGCAGAGGGAGGCGCAGAAGCCCCGCCUUUCAGAGGAGCAGCGCGGCAUCAUUGAUAUGCUCGUGGAUGCACAUCACAAAACCUAUGACGAUUCCUACUCCGACUUCUCACGCUUCAGACCUCCAGUUAGAGAGGGUCCAGUAACACGCAGUGCCAGCCGAGCCGCGUCCCUCCAUUCACUAUCAGACGCCUCCUCAGACUCCUUCAGCCAUUCUCCAGAGUCCGGAGAUCGUAAGAUGAAUCUGAGCAGUCUGUUGAUGAUGUAUCAGGAGCAGGGUUUGAGCUCCAGUCCAGACUCAAAGGAGGAUGAGGGCACCAGUCUUUCCAUGCUUCCUCACCUGGCUGACCUGGUUUCCUACAGCAUUCAGAAGGUCAUCGGCUUUGCCAAGAUGAUUCCUGGCUUCAGAGAGCUGACAGCUGAAGAUCAGAUUGCUUUGCUCAAGUCCAGUGCUAUAGAAGUCAUCAUGCUCAGGUCCAACCAGUCUUUCAGUCUGGAGGAUAUGAGCUGGAGCUGUGGAGGACCCGACUUUAAAUACUGUGUCAAUGAUGUCACAAAAGCUGGACACACUCUGGAGCUGUUGGAGCCUCUGGUGAAGUUUCAGGUGGGCUUGAAAAAGCUCAACCUACAUGAGGAGGAACAUGUGCUGCUGAUGGCCAUUUGCCUGCUUUCUCCAGACCGGCCCGGAGUGCAGGACCAUGAGCGAGUGGAAGCAUUGCAGGACAGAAUAUCUGAGGUCCUGCAGGCGUAUAUCCGUGCGCAUCACCCGGGGGGGCGUCUGCUCUACGCUAAGAUGAUCCAGAAGCUGGCUGACCUCCGCAGCCUGAACGAAGAGCACUCCAAACAGUACCGCUCCCUCUCUUUCCAGCCCGAACACAGCAUGCAGCUGACCCCUCUGGUGCUGGAGGUCUUCGGCGGACAGGUCACUUAGCAACUUUACCCGAAUCGCAUCAAGACGUGCGGGGUCAAACGGCGUGACCCGGAGGGUUGUGGAGUGAAUGUAUGGACAAUCACCUUAAACCGCAUACAGAGUUUCCAGGACGAAGUUUGUGAGUGUUGUGUGUGUGUGUGUGUGUAAGUGUAUCCCUCAUCAUUUACAGAUCGGCUAGGGAGUGCCAUAGAUGUUUCCGUUUGUUUGUAUGUAAGGAGGACAUUCUUAUAAGAAUGUAAUAUGGUCACGGUGUUUUUCACUGUGGCAACUCGAUACAGUACAUUUUACUGUAUUAUCAAUAGCCAACAGUAUUACUCUGCAUGUGUAGUAUGAGCGUGUGAGUGUGUGUGUGGUCCUGUUCUAAACCUCUGCAUGGUCCCCAAAGCGCUGUCCACUACUGCUGAUGUCCUGUCUCUUCACCUCCUGCCUUUAAAUGCACAGGGUUAAAAGUACUAAUGCAAGCACACAGCUCUAACUCCACCCCCUCGCCUCGCCACUUAACCAAUCAAACGGCAGCUCCGCCUCCCUUUCCUCUGGCUCCAGAGCUCUGAUAGGUUGCUGAACAAUGGCUGUCUUCUCUACUGUUAUUUGCCUGUGCUGUGAUUGGCCAAUAACCUGACGCCUCUGCAAAGUGGUCAGUGCAGCAUUAGCGCUCACCACUCAGCUAACCUGUAAAUAAGACUCAGUAUCUAUAUUCGUACCUUUUCAAAUCAGUGUAAAUAGAGUUUGAUAUAAGCGCUUCUUGUGGCUAAUGGUAGAAUUUAGCAGAGGGAGACCCUGCAGCCCUGGCUCGUUAUGAGGAAUAUGUAAAGGAAGACUGGUUGAACUGUGUGUUUAUGCAGACAUAAAGGAAUCAUGGAUUAUGUUUUCAAGAACCGAGAUCAUUUGCUCCCUUCUUCACGAUGUUGUGAAGUGCUAUAGGUUACAUAUUUCUCAACUCUUGCAUUCCAUCAUUUUUGUUUUUUCUUGGAAACACUUUUUUUUCAGAUUAGUUCAACUAAUUACAUUUUACCCUAAGAAUUUAUCACGCUUCGUUACCUAUCACGGGAAAAAAAACUGUAAAUGCAUUUUAUCAUGGACUAAUCUUUUUUUUAUUAUUAAUAGUACAUUUUACAUAAGGGUUAUACAGCUAAAAUAUACAAGCCUGGGUCAUAUUUCAGCCCAAAAUAAAACAACAUCUCCCUGGUUGUUAUUUUGAUUACUCUAAUAUGAUAAUAUCAUUCAUAUUAGACUUAUGCAUUAUUAAAUCAUAUACAUUUUCUCUUCAAACUCAAAAAUGUAUUCUUAAUAAAGAAAAAUGAUUGGAACAAAAAUAUAUAUACGUUUUGGAGUGAACUAUGACCCGGGUAUUUUUGGGAGGUUUUGUAUUGCUUUGAUUUGAGAAUGAAACAAACCCUUUAUUUCUCUCAUUUUAAAAAUAACUAAAAGCAGCGUACUGGGUUAUUUAUUAAUUUGUAACCACAGUAACUGCAACGUUACAUGCUACCUGGUUAUGUUUCUUCUAAGCAUAUUUUAAUUAUAGUAUAACAUAACACAUUCUUGUCUUAGCUGUUUUAAAGUAUCAUUUAGAUAAUGACAUUUUGUACCAUGUCAACCAUGGUAUAGACUUUUUUUUUUUUUUUUUUUUUUUUUUUUUGUAUAGACUUUUUUUUUUUUUUUUUUCUUUGGACACCAUGUUAUGGUCACACUAGCCACUUCCUGCAUUGUGUCCUCUAAACCAAACACACCUGCCUUAGCUUGGCCUCAACUGUUCACAGUUUUUCAUUUAAUUGACAUUUUUAUGCUUUUUAAGUAUAUAAGACUCCCUUUCUCCACUGUGUAUAAUAUCUGUAAGUGAUAUUUGCGAGACUGUCGUCAAGGGCUCCUUGAGUCGCAUUAGAGGGCGGAUGCUUACAGAGCGCUAUCUCUAUUAUAUAUAUAUAUAUAUAUAUAUAUAUAUAUAUAUAUAUAUAUAUAUAUAUAUAUAUAAAAUAAUCUCCUGUUUCUCUUUUUUUCCAUUUUAUUAAGUCUGAUUCGUACGAAUCUUCUCAGUCAGGGCUCAGGGUCAUUAGAAAAAACUUUUCUGUGGUAUGAGAGUUAAUCAUAGUUAAUGAAGAUUGUCUGUAGGUGUGAGUUUGGUGUCGGAACUGGGUCGACGAUUUAAUGGUCUUGUAAGCUGAAUUUAACUACCUGGAAACUGCGGUCGCUCGGAAGGGCGAGCGUAGUGCGUGUGUGUCUGUGUAAGCGUUUAUGAAAUGAGGGCAAUGUAUAGCAUUUAUCUAUACACCAAGUAUAUUCAUAUAUGAUUGGGUGUCUCAUAUUCGGCCCAGCCUUGAUGGGGAAUGUGUGUUUGUGUGGGAAGGAGAAAGAGUGAGAAGGUUAUCGUUUCCUCAGUAUAUUACUAUUAAAUAACUUAGUCAUGGCACUUAAGAUUUAAUGAUAUGGAAGGUUUGCUAUAUAUCUAUGAGUAUUACUUUGCAAAUGUAAAAGAUUAAAAUAUUUUCUUGUAGACUAGUUUUGAUAUUCUGGUAUCAGUGUACAGGUGGCGGCACAGGGCAGAGGGUUGUGUGUGUAUGUGUGGGUAGGUAUUCAAAUAUAGGAAAAUACGACAGAAUGCUAACCUCUUGCCCAGUGCGGGCAUAUACAUACAUAUACACACACACACACACACACACACACACACACACACACACACACACACUCAUAUAUAUAUAUAUAUAUAUAUAUAUAUAUAUAUAUAUAUAUAUAUAUAUAUAUGUAUAUGUGUGCAAUUUCUUUCAUGAUCUUAUUGCUCUCUCUUUCAACUGUAUUUUAUCGUCUUCAUGCCUUCUCUCUAUACUAAGCUGCUCAGUACAUUGUGGGAUGAGGGUGUACACUCAAUUUUAAACUGGAAAACUAUGAAAUCUUCCAGUCUUGAGCGUUUUUGUAAUUAUUCACUUACUUGUUUCGUUCUGAUUUCGUGAUGAACAAGUGAGAAUAUCCCUGCAGCACUUACCAUAAAUGUAGAUCAGACAAACCGGGACAAUAUGUCAUGUCUAAACAGUUGCAAAAUAUACAAUAUGCAUGGUGAUGAUGAUGAUGAUGAUGAUGGCGAGACAUGAGAAAGACGAAGAUGAAAUUGAUGUUGGUCUCUUUUCCGAGUCCAAAAUGUAACCAUAACAAACUACCUCUCUGGGGAACAGACACAUUUGAUUUGUAUUUUUUUAUGAUUCAUGUUUGUAUUUAUUGCUGUGCAGUGGCUCACAUGGACAACCCAGUACCUCAUGUAUGAAUAUCACUUAACAACAAAGACGCCUUAACAGCUGUUUUAUCAGAUUUUUUUAAACUAUUAUUAUCUGUGUGUACAGUAUUUGUAUCUUUAGCUUUCUUUGACACGUUGAAACAUUCACAUACAAGGACAGAAAGACAAACAAGAACACACACCUCCACAAGAGAGCUGAUAGCUGUUAAGGCGUGGUCACUUCCAUGAUUGACAGUGUUCAGUUGCUGCUGGGAUUGGUUGGCCAUCCUCAGGCCCUUCCCCUUCUUUAUUCUGACUGCUCAGUUGGAUUUUGCUGCUCUGCAAAAAUAAUUACACAAAACCUGUCAGAGCACGGCCUUCUCUCUUUUUCCUCUUUUUUUAAACGGUGACAUGUCGAGCGGACAUCAUCUACUCUGCAAUCACACUUGCUCAAACUUUACCUCGUACAAAAAACACAUAUACGCUCUACAGUCAAUACCUCAAGCCAGGUCAAUCCUAAAAUGGAGUAGAUGAUGGAUUGCAAUUGAUGACAGAGUUGUCCGUAACAAAGAGGAAACCAAGAGAGAGACGUACUCUUUACCUCUCCUCUUCUGUCUUGGCACCAUUGGACAGGAGAUCAAUAGGAAGUUUGUGGCACUAAAUGGCUCAUAAGUGCAGAAGCACUUCUGUCUCUGAGUGAAUGGGUACCAUAAGGAAAACUGUAAUACAAAUGCUAGCUGUUUACAGGCUAACGGUAGUAUGCCUGCUCACCAGGACAAAACCAGUUGAAUAUGACCAUUCAUGAAACGGUUAAAAAAACGCCUGUUUUGUUUUCUCUUUUUUUUUUUUCUUUUUUACAUCAUAUUGUAAAUUCAUGUUCCUGAUUUCAUGUAAUAUUGGUCAAAUGUUUUACAAAUCAAUAAAAGAAUAUAAUAAUAAA